CGCUGCUGAAUGACAGGGUACUCGCUGUGUACCGGGGUGUCGUCUCAUCGUUCUGGGAAACACGAGGCGCGAUGACGUCACUCCGCCUGCGACCGUGAGGAAAGCAUAUCGCGCAUGCGCACUCGGCUGACCUUCCGGGGACAGAAGCAGCCAUGCCCGGGACCGUGGACGUGCCCCCGGCUGAGGAGCUGUCAGUGCAGGAGGUAAAUGUGAGCUCUGCUGUCCUGAAGGCUGCCGCCCACCACUAUGGGUCCCAGUGUGACACGGCUAAUAAAGAAUUCAUGUUGUGUCGUUGGGAAGAGAAAGACCCAAGAAAAUGUCUGAAAGAAGGCAGAAAAGUGAAUGAGUGCGCACUGGACUUUUUCAGGAAAAUUAAGACCCAUUGUGCUGAGCCUUUCACUGAAUAUUGGACUUGUCUGGACUAUACUGGCUUAUUAGAGCUCCGUCGGUGUCGUAAGCAGCAGCAGGUGUUUGAUAACUGUGUUCUUGACAAGCUUGGCUGGGUGAGACCCGACCUGGGAGAAUUGUCUAAGGUGACAAAAGUGAAGACCGACAGACCUCUGCCAGAAAAUGUCUUUCACUCAAGGCCAAGACCAGAGCCAAACCCUGCCAUUGAGGGAGAAUUAAAACCAUCCAAAUAUGGAAGCAAGAUGUUCUUCUGGAAUUGGUAGAUGUGCGUGUCCUUGCGUCCAGUUCUGGUCUUACGUCCGUACUUCAGCUUUAAUAUCUAUUUGGGAACAGAAUAAAUUAGUGAAACCUC